ACAGUUAAGUUGUACAAAUUGGUGCAGGUGUAUUGAACGAGUCUGCUUUUGACAUUUGAUUCAAAUUAGUUAUUUUUCCGUGUUUUCCUUUUGCUUACUAGCUUGAAUGUAAACUGAGUUAAUCAUUGCGUAAUAUGUGGCCAGCAUUAGAGAGAGUCCUGGCCUGAGGGCGUACUGAAGAAACACCCCGUCUCAGAAUCCAGUAUCUGUUCAUGCAGGGUGAUUUCUCUUAAGAGCUCGCCUAAAACAUUCAGCAAUCUGAUGGAUUUUAUUUUUUUAAGUUAAAGUGUUUUUUUCUUCAUCUGCUCUGACAGGAUCAAGGAGCGGAGAAUAAUCUUGAACUUUGUCAGGGGAUUGUGACCAGGAAAUGCGAACAGAUUUUUGACUGAGCAAUAAAUCGUCUGCUUUACUGUCGACAGGACUGUGCUAUUUCGUGUCACCGGUCCAAGGGUUUUCACAAGCUCACAGAAUGGACAACAGGCUUCGUCUCGGGUUCACGCAACAUUUACUGUAAUGAAAUAAACCCUAUGGAACACUGACAUGCGAUAUACUGCUUCAGUUUAACUUGAUAUACACAUACGGGACCGGUGAACAACUUCACGAUGGAAGGCUUCAGAGAGAGGUUUAUACUGUGCUGUCAAAGUACUUUCCCGUGUUUCGGAGACCCGGCGAAUGAAUUCACAAAGCCGCCAAACCGGGAGUUACCUCCGACACCUGUGGAGAAGCCCGGCUGCGUUUACAUUGCGCUGUACGACUACACGGCGCGCACGGAGAACGAUUUGAGUUUUAACGCAGGGGAUAAACUGGAACCACUCCGCAAAGAGGAAGACUGGUGGUACGCGAGAGGAAUCACCGGGAUUUCAGCGAACAAAGAGGGCUACAUUCCUGCGAAUUAUGUUGCACCCGAAGAAAGCCUCGAUGCUGAACCAUGGUAUUUUCCAGAAACAAAGCGCUUAGAGGCCGAGAAGAUGUUGAUGUCUCAAGAGAACAAGAAUGGAGCUUUUCUAAUCAGGAACUGUGAAAGCCAGGCAGGAGAGCUCUCACUCUCAGCACUGCUACAAAACAAAAAAGUGAAGCAUUUUAAGAUCAGGAGGCUGGAUAAUGGUGGCUACUUCGUGUCAAGGAUUCAGAGUUUUUUCACAUUGAAAGAACUAGUGGAGCACUACUCCAAUGUGGAUGGCCUCUCUGUUCGUUUGACAGAACCCUGCAAAAAAACAAUGGCUCCAGAGACACAUGGUCUAUCUUACAACACUGUGGAUCAGUGGGAGAUCCCACGUUCCUCUCUAAAACUCUUGAAGAAGUUGGGAGCAGGGCAGUUUGGCGAGGUCUAUGAAGGCAUAUGGAAUGACAGCACAGCUGUCGCUGUCAAAACACUCAAACCAGGAUCUAUGGAUACAAAAGACUUCCUGCGGGAAGCUCAGAUCAUGAAGAAACUCCGUCAUCCCAAACUGAUCCAGCUCUAUGCUGUCUGCACUACGGAAGAGCCCAUCUACAUCGUCACAGAGUUAAUGAGCAACGGGAGCCUUCUAGAAUAUCUGCAAAAAGACAGAGGUGCUUCUCUUCAAAUGUCUGAUCAGAUAGAAAUGGGAUCCCAAGUGGCAUCUGGCAUGGCAUUCAUUGAGCUGCAGAACUACAUUCACAGAGAUCUUGCGGCACGAAAUGUUCUGGUGGGAGAUAACAAUGUGUGUAAGGUGGCCGACUUUGGCUUGGCACGGGUAUUUCAGAUGGAAAAUGAGAAUGUUUAUGAGGCCAAAGAAGGAGGCAAGUUUCCAGUGAAAUGGACUGCUCCCGAGGCCAUCCACGAGAACAAAUUCACCAUCAAAUCUGAUGUUUGGUCUUUUGGGAUCCUACUAUAUGAAAUUGUGACAUUUGGACAGAUGCCUUACCCAACCAUGACAAACUUUCAGGUGAUACAACAGUUGCCCAAAGGCUACAGGAUGCCGUGCCCUCUUAACUGCCCAAAAUAUUUGUAUGACAUCAUGUCCGAAUGCUGGAAGGACUCCCCUGCAGACAGACCCACCUUUGAAACUCUGCAGUGGAAACUCGAGGACUGCUUUGAUAUGGAUGUCAGCUCUUACGAUGACACAAACCGCUACUAAAAGACACUGCUGCUUACAAAUUUGAUGUAACUGCAAAUGAGCCAAGUGCAGGGAUUUGAUGAGCAAGCCUGAGAUGCUAUUUUAGUAUCAAAUGAACCAAAUGCCUUUAUGUAUUCUUAAUGUACACAUAAUAUGCUCAAUGCACUCAUCAAGAGUUUUCCUAUGUACAAACUGCAUUAGUUAAAGCUGAAGCGUGUAGUGCUUUGGAUGUUAAAAUGCUUUCUCCUAUCCCGGGUUAAUGUGCGGAGACAACUGGUAACCUGUUUCCCUGGAAAGUGCUUUCAACACUGUCCAUUCUGUCAUCCAGUGACAAACUGGAGAAUGGGUUGAAUUGGAAACCAGUUUGCACAGUCAUAAUUUGUGCAGUUCUGUUAAUGCUAUUUGAUGCUGAAUUCAAAACGCAAUUCAGCUUUGAAUCAAAAAUAGAUUCUGAGCCUUCUUUAUUUCCUUUUUGCUUUCUUCCAUUCAUUCCGUGGAGGCAUCCCUCAAUCUGUAUUUGCUGCCGUGUGCAUACUAUAUGCCAUCAUAAUGGUGGUUUAGUGUCACUUGUCUUGCACUCAUGCUUGCGCCAUGAGACCGAAACUAUUGAGGAAUAAAUGUAAAGAGCAUGGGCAA